AUGAGAUGGGAUCAGAUCGGUAAUGCCUCUUUCACCAUCAAGAAUUUCCCCGACUACAGUGUUGAAGAAGCCGGAAACAAAUGUCGCUUGGUGUACCUUGAUGGUAAAAAGACACCAUGGUGCUACACAGCGCAGGAUAAAACCUGGGAGUACUGUCCCGUCUUGGAAUGCGAGCACAUAUGUAUGUAUGGAACCUAUGGACAAUGGUAUGCCGGUCACGAUAGUGAAACUAUCUCAGGACAAAAAUGUCAAAAAUGGAGCGAGGAUGUACCUCAUAAUCACACGUUCAAGUUACGUAAACAGUUUCCUAACAAGAAAAUCAACCAGGCUUACUGUCGUAAUCCUAUAUUAUCCCAGACCAGACCAUGGUGCUUCACAACCAACACUUCACUGAGAUACGAAGCAUGCAACGUGCCAACUUGUCCUGAUCAUUUCGAUGUGUUCGCGGGCAGAGUUGAUGAUCAGAGCAUCUUGGAUCAGUUCAAAAAUCAGGAGCGUUGUUUCCUUGUUAAGGACGCAUUGAGCUUCGACACGUUCAGCGGUUCCUAUCUCAGUAAAGUCUGUAUGUCGAACAAGACCGAUAUAUUUGCCUGCUUUAGGAUGGAGGGCAGUGCUUUUCGCUGGAAGUAUAUUAUCAUCAACUGCGAUCGGACAAAUAUGACCACCACAGCUGUCCCAGUGAAUGCAACUGCAACGACGGCGGCAUAUGCAACCAACUCAACAACUUCAACAUCAUCGGAUCCAAUAACUUUGACCCCUACCACUUCACCAGUAACUACUACAACGACCAUAUCAAAAUCCCUAACUAAUACAAAAUCUACAACAUCAUCGGAUCCAACAACGUUGACCAACACCACUUCACCAGUACCUACUACAACGAACACAACAUCUGUAACUAACACAACACAACAAAUAACAAAUACAUCAUCAGAAUCAACAACACCGACAGCCAUCAAUGUGUCAUCAACAACGAUAUCCACGACAACUGCAUUAACAACAGAAGCAACAGGCGCUCCCAACACUUCAGUGUUGACGUCGUCGUUUAUAACGAGCAGCUCCGUCGCCACUACAGUUAGUUCAGUGACUUCUACAACAAGCACGACUUCAGUCACAACAUCUCCAUCAACCGACUCACAGAGCUACACCAGUCAAACUACGGCAACGUUAAUAACAGCAAACCACUUCACUACGAUGGCCGGCACAACUACAGUCCCAACAAAACAACACGUGUGCGCUAUCCACUCGUCUGUUUCCAAUGAGACUGUACGUGAGUGUUCCUGCCGACGUGAGUACACGGCUGCCGACGUGACUGUGAUGAGACAGCAGGCGGCGGGUUCGUGGAGCAAACUGCUGACGAACGGGACCAAUCUGACGAGGUACAAGCGACAGUACUACAGCGUGCCCGACCACAGGCCGUCGUCCGUGGGAAUAGGAACUUCAUCUUUACUGCUGCUCUUUGGGCUGAUAGCUUUCGUAACCUUCGCCGAUCUCUCCCGCAUGGUCCGCUGGAUCUCUUUAAAACUCCGCAAACAACACAACUAACUUUUGUUUCACCCGUUGGCGAGUUGGAAUGGCGUGCACACAACAUUCAGUUGGUCUGUAUUUAAAGUAUAUUUAU